AUGGCGAACGCGUGGGACCUCAUCUCGUCCGCCUGCGGCGUUAUAUACUUUACCGCGUGGAGUGCGAGCUUCUACCCUCAGCUCAUCCUCAACCACAAGCGACGAAGCGCGCUCGGUCUCGCACCGGACUUUGUCGUUGUUAACCCAAUCGGGUUCCUCUGCCUCGCGAUCUGGUCGUUCGGCGCCUACUUCUCCGCCACCGCUCGUCGGCAGUAUGCCGAGAGGCACGACGGGCACACACCCCAAGUCUCCAAAUCCGAUCUGGCGUUCAGCGCGCAUGCCCUCCUCCUCUCAACACUUACGCUCAUCCAGAGCGCGUGGCUAUUCUAUCGUGCCCACCGCGCACGCAAGAAUGUUGCAGAGGACAGCCUCCUCGUGGGCCGGAUGGACCGAGCGCCAGUCGCACCACACCGCGUCACUAGAGUGGCAUUGUUGGUAAUGGGGCUUGCGUCGCUCUGGGUCGGCAUGAGCACGUUGCUCGGCCGGACUGAGCUUCUCGACUUUCUCUAUUUCGCGAGUAGCCUCAAGAUCGCCAUCACUGCAAUCAAGUACACCCCCCAGCUCAUCCUCAACUCCAAGCUCAAGACCGUGCGCGGGUUCGCGAUAACCACCAUUCUUGCCGACCUCACUGGCGGGAUCUUCUCCCUCGCUCAGCUCGUCAUCUCGAGCGUGUUUAUCGAUGGGCAGGUGGCGGGCAUCUGGGCCAACCCCGGUAAGCUUGGUCUCUCGAUGUUGACGAUCAUGUUCGACAUUGCGUUCAUCGUGCAGCACUACGUGCUCUACCCGAACGCGGGGGACGAGAGCGAUGAAGAGUACGAGGAUGACGCGUAG